AAAAUAUGAUCCAUCUGGUGUUUUUGCUGCUAGCUUCAGGUAAGUGUCUUUGCAUUAAAUGAAAUGAUCGUGCAAAAUUAAAAUACAUUUUGUUGCAAUUGCAAGGCCUGCUGUAAUUGGUGUUUUGAUGGGUGUCCCUCUGCAGGCUGUUUCACUUUGUGUUUACACAUUCAGCGAGAGUAUCACCUGAUCAACAAGGCUGAGACAUGGGAGAAGGCCCAGAGUUACUGCAGAAAGAGCUACACUGACCUCGCUACCAUUGACAGCCACGAUGACAUGACGAGGCUGGUUAACAUGACAGCAGCCAGUGGUGUGACAGCAAAUAUCUGGAUUGGUCUGAAAAAGAAUGGGGCAGCAUCUUGGUUGUGGUCUGUGGGGGCAACUCAGACCAGUCACGGAAUAGCUGAAUAUACUAACUGGGCCACUUUACCUGAUUCUACUCACAACUGUGGAGGCAUGAAGAGUGAUGGGAAAUGGCUCAGUGCAUUAUGUGGAACAAACCUUCCUUUUGUCUGUCAGGACGAGGAUGGCUCCAUGUAUACGGUUUCUGAAAACAAACCUUGGAGGCAAGCCCAAGAGUACUGUCAACUGUAUAACAGAGACUUGGUCAGUGUGAGGAGCCAGACUGAAAAUCAAGCCUUACAGCAGAUACUUAAUGCGAGCGGGCCAUCGUCAUCCUCUUUCUGGAUUGGUUUGUUCAGAGAUGACUGGAAAUGGUCGGACCAGAGUGACAGCUCUUUCAGAUACUGGGAGAGCUCUCAGCCAAAUAAUGAUGGAGCAUGUGCAUUGUACAACCCCUCUAUCAAGAGAUGGUACGACAGAGGUUGUGCUAACCCAUAUCCCUUCUACUGCUAUAGUGUAAAAGUCACGAGGCUGAUUGUGAGGAUGGAAAUUAAGUCCAGUUCAUUCUUUGACGUCAGUGACUCCACUUUGAGCGAAGCCAUUUUGAGCAAGAUCCUAAAAAACUUUGAGUGGGUCAAGCUGCACUGGAGAGUCCAGCCAGGUGGGAAGGUGUUCAGCGAAAAACAGAAAAAGAAGAUCAGUGAAGUCUGUGUGAAAGUGACAUAGUUGAAGCUGCCACAAAGAGAUUAUCUGCAGUGUCAAACAAGACAUUACAAUUACCUCUGUACACCUGUAUGGGCACUUCAAAUGUGUAGUCGAGUUGAGUUGUUGUACACAUUUUUCAAGUACUGAUGAAGAUAACUGACAUUUUUCAUGCUGACUUUCAUAUUAUUAAUUAGUUGUAGGUGUGCUGUGCCAUUUUGCAACAAAAUUCCAUAGAACAGAUACACUAACUUUUUCCCUUCUGAUCAGUCAAGGGGAACUCCACUGAUUUACAACAAUAAAAUCUCUUCAGAAGUGCUGGGAAGUACUACUACUACUACUACUGAGAAACAAGCUGUAUAAGGCCUGCUGUGGCUCCAGAGGGAGCGUCAUGAAAUCCAAUAAAUUCCCUGAGGAGACAGGGUGGCAUUUUGGGUAAUGUAGGCACCAAGUUUUGAAAAUGGAGGAGAAUUUGUAGAAUAAGAAAGUGAAAGACAUACAGUGUCUGUGAUUCU